UUUAAGAAACGGGAUCUGUGUUGUUGCACUGUACAGAACCUGCGCCUAUUUGAAAAUGGAUAUUUUUCAGAUUUCUGACCGGAAUAUAUCUAUGUAGUAGGCCUGUAUAGGUACAUAUAUUAGAACGUGACAAUAGGAAUACAUUGGAAAAGGACAUUUACCAAACGAGUGUCAUGAUUAACAUCAGUGACUAAAUUUUGUUGAUUAUUUUGGUUUGAUUUUGAACGAUAAUGAACCUUGUGCAUCUUUGCCUCAACAUUUAUUUUGUACGUGAAGAAAAAAACCAUCAUCAAUGCUACCAUGGCUGGUGAACCAGAUUCAAAUUAUGGUUCAUAUUGUUUAAGUACUGUCCAGAGCAGCACUAGCAGUCUCAGUAUGUCUUUAAUCGAGAGUGACCUUGUGGAAGAUCAGCCGUCCACCAGCGGUUGCAGUAGUGAACAGCCUUACACUACGAAGUUGGCACUGAAGAAAAGUCGUAAGGAGCAAGUAAAGCGCUACCUGAAAGAGUUGAAAGGUCUUGUUGUUCAACCUCAGGGCAAUAUAGGGACUCUUUCUGCUCUCCAGCAGGUUGUCGACACAUUCAAACAGAUAAAAGAGGAAAAAGAAUCUUCAUCUAAACUCGCAAAGAAGGAAGAAGAGUUUAACCUACCAUUUGAUGAACAGGAUGAUUUGAAUUCAUUGUGUCUGAAUCAGCAGGAAGCAUUGUUCUUCACUCUGAGAUACCCAGACCUUAACAUUGCUGCAGUAUCCAAAAACAUCACAGAUGUGUUGGGUUAUCCUGAGCCAAACUAUCUAGUUGGAAGGGAUCUUUGUAACUUUGUCCACAAGAAAGACAUUGUUACCAUGAACAGUAGUAUGUCCGUUCAUCAGAUGAAUGACGAAGACAGCCUAGUUAAUGCGCAGAGUGAAGAUCGAGACAAGUUCCAAAUUCAGAAAAAGCUCUUUUACUUCAGGCUAAGAAAAUACAAGGCAUUGCCAUGUGGAUUUAGACUUGCUUCAAAGGAAACAGAAUUUCUGACAUUCCAAGCCACAGUUGCCCAGCAAUCCCCUGGUGUUGAUCUCAAACGCAUGAAGAAAAGCAAAUUGUCAAUUGUUUUGCGAUGUGUGCCAGUGGUACCAGCAUAUGAAGUUGAUGAGCAGCUGCAGAAUAUGACCUUCUCCACCAGACACAGUUUAUUUUGUAGCUACAGUCACAUUGACUCCAAGUCCAUACCUUUGUUGGGGUUCCUCCCACAGGACAUCGUUGGAAUGUCCAUCUUUGACUUUUAUCACCCAGAUGAUAUUGAACUGCUGUAUGGCAUUUAUCAGCAAGUUGUGAACACGGAGACUGUUCCCUUUGAAAGUCCUCCGUUUCGAUUACGGGUGCGUAAUGGAGAUUGGGUGUAUGUAAGGACAGAAUGGUCAAGAUUUGUGAACCCUUGGUCACACAGGCUGGAGUUUGUCAUUGGACAGCAUAAAGUUAUCAAGGGACCAUCCAGGAGGGACAUAUUUAGUCCAAUGCUGAAUGAAGAAAUGAAUGUCAGCUUGUCAGACAAUCUUGCCAGGCUUAAGCAAAUGAUAAGAGACCUACUUCUAAAGCCUUUGGUACAGGUUCAGAUAGCAACACCGAACCUUAGUAUAGGGAAACACCGAUUCCGAGAAGAUGUUCCUUGGACGGAGUCUGAGGAUCCCAUGCAGGACCAGCACUCCAUUGCGUAUGCCAAUGAUUCCAAUGCUAGCAAUUCUGUGUCCACAAAUAAAGAAACCCUCACCUAUGAUCACUUGAAUUAUACCAGUAACAUCAAGAGAUUCCUGUUUAGUCAGAAGAACACAAUGUUCUCUCCAUUUUCUGACAAGAAGAGUUCUACUGAUGAGGAUAUACCGGAAGUCUCAUCAUGUGAUUCUUUGUUGGAGGUGGACAUUUCCAUUCCCAUGCCUCCAAGUUUUGGCAGCAGCACCAAAGUGUUGGUAUCAGAACAGGAGCGUGAGGAAAGUGGUCUAGCUGCAUUCAAUCAGAUGGAGUGUGAUACUACUGUACAGCCUAAGAACAUCACAACUUUACAACAGAGCUCAACUCCAACUAUACAACAGAGCUCAACUCCAACUAUACAACAGAGCUCAACUCCAACUGUGCAGCAGAGCUCUACACCGAGCUCCCCAGGUCAUGCUGCCAGUAAGGAGGCCGAGACAAGGGCAUUUCAGCAGGAUAAGAGUCACGUCUCCCGAAUGUCCCUCACACAGGAGGCCCUAUGGAAUCACACAUGUAGGGAGGAGACACUGUUCAUUGAACAAGCUAAAGAGGAGAAUGGUCUGAUGUCAUUCAAACUGAACGGGAAGCGUUUACAUUCCCUUGACCCAAGCAGUGACAAUAGAAGGGACGUAACCAAGACUGUUAAGGUACGAAAAAAGCAGACAGCCGAGAAACAGUCGCAGAAAAGUGAAGGAAAAACUGACCCAGAAGAACCAGUUUCUGUUCCGUUCCGCAACCCAAUGUUUAUGCCUAUAAACAGUGCUAUGGGUCUGUAUCAGUCCACAGGGAUGCAGUAUGUACCGAUGGAUCUGCCUAAUGACUCUUUCAAGGCUAAUAUUGCAACUCCCACAACAACUGUUGCCCCCCCGUCAACAUCCAACAGCAUGCACUGGCCAUAUUACCCACAGUCAGGUAUUUCCUUCAUCCCCCAAGUGAUGGAAGGCUUCUUUCAGCCAGGGACUGGAGCUUUCCAACCAAUCAAUAAGCAGAAUCUGCAAGUGCCAAUGUCCAAAAAUGUGCCAUGUUCUGUACCAAACGUAUCGCCUAUAGGGCUGUCACCUCCCUACAUCCGUGUCCCUAUACCCAAGAAGAGUGACAUCAUCCAACAGACCAAAGUCUUCACAAGCACACCGACUGCUGCAGUUAGAAGUAGUUUUUCGUCAUCUCAUUCUUCCUCCCUUGAGGAGACAAGCUCUUCACUCUUGUACAUGUUGGAGUAUGGUAGUCCAAACCGUAGCAUUAUCAGCAUGGAGGAUGUUCCUAAACCCAGGAGGAAGGAGGCGCCACCCUGGCUCAAUGGUAUUAAUUGGUCUCCCUUAGUCCGUAAACGUUACACUCUGCCAAAAAAGAAAGCCAGUAUUAUCCUGAAGGAAGACAGAGAGGCCCUGAGUAAAGUUACACAACCAGACCUAUUGUUAAGUCAGAUGGCAAUGUUUGAGGAAGACUUGAACCAGGCCAACCCUGUUUUUGACAUGUUUCAAGAUGACUCAUUCUUGAUGUUUCCGGAUACAGACUUCAAUGAGCCGACAUUAUCAACUUUUGAUGACCAAAAUUAUAAUAGUUCAAAUAAAUCAGAAACUCUUACAAAGGAGAACUUGAGAACACACCUCAAUGAAAGUAACCAAAAGUUGAAAGAAGACAUUCAAACUAAACAACAGAAAUCAGAAGAGUCAUUUUCCAGGAGUGAAGACGAUGCGCAAAGAUCGUCAGAUAGAGAAUCGCUGGUAGAUGACGACUCUUGUUCCUCAAAGUGUAGCGGUAUUACUCCAAGUGAUGAACGUAGUGUGGAAGAAGCAGACAGCUCCCUCAAGGAGUCAGACGAAUCUGAUGUUGGGUGUACUGCAAAAGUUUUUGGAUCAAAAAUGCUGUCUGAAUGUCCUUUAAAAUCAAUGGAUUUCAGGUUCAAAAAGUUUUUUGCUCCAAUUCCCAUUCAUUUUGCUGACUCCAAAGUAGAUGGACCCCCAUGGAUGACGAAUGCUGUUGUUAAUUUCUAUACGAACAUGCAGUAUUGUUUUACACCGAAACCUGUUGAAAAUUCAUUGGCUGCAGAUAGACAGAAACUUCAGGAUAUGCCACAAACAGAUUUGGUCAUUGAACAGUUAAACACUUUCAUUGAUGAUAACAAUCUGUCACAAUUUCAAGGACCUGCAGGAAGUACUUUUCUGAAAUCAUUAUCAGAAAAACAGCAGAAUGCUUACCUGAAAGUUCCUGAUUCUUUACCCUUUCCUCAAAGUGGUCCUUCAUCUGAAUCUGAACAUGGACAAUGCUCACAAAUGAGGCACUCCACAGGUGCACACCAAACCUCGGACUUAAUUGCUGAGAAACUGGUGAGGUAUAUGUUCCCUGUUGAGCCCGGUACAGUUCCUGUACCCUACAUAACAUUGCCGAUGUCUGUACCUCACAGCUCUGUUCACACUAUGAGCAGUAACAGUGAUACAAUUCUGGACUAAAACAUUGACCUCUGAUAUGGUACAGGUAGUGUUAAAAUCACUGACCUCUGAUAUGGUACAGGUAGUGUUAAAAUCACUGACCUCUGAUAUGGUACAGGUAGUGUUAAAAUCACUGACCUCUGAUAUGGUACAGGUAGUGUUAAAAUCACUGACCUUGUUAAAAUAAAACACAUAAAUUACUUCUGUUUGUGGCAGAAACCAUUAAGAAUACUUUCCUGAACUUCUUGACUGAAUUGAAUGAGCGUGCAUAUAUGCCUUCCUGAACUUCUUCACUGAAACCAUUUAACACAUCUUCCCAAACUCUGACUGACCCUAUUAGCACAUCUUCUUGAAAUAUUGACUGAAACCAUUUAGCAAACCUUCCUGAACUACUUGACUGAAACAUUUAGCACACCUUCCUGAACUACUUGACUGACACAAUUAGCACACCUUCCUGAACUACUUGACUGACACAAUUAGCACACCUUCUGAACUACUUGACUGAAAUGAAUUUUUAGGUUAUAUUUUUUGUAUGAGGCUGAAAUAUUUAAAGCCAUAUGAUAUACCAAACCCAAGUUUAUACACCUUCUUAAGAAAAGAAGUGACAGAGAUUUGCAUGACCGCUUAGGUAAAUUGGUUUAUAAAUCUCCUAAAGACAGAAAGUAAUAUAUAGACAUUUGUUAAGUUUCUUUUUAGAGUCUUUAAGGUCAAGUGAUAUAAUCUGUUGUGUUAUUCAGUUUAAUAUUAGAAGAAAUUCCAGAAAGAAAGAAAAAAAGAAGUAAUUCCAGGACUACAGUUUUUACUCUAAAACUCAUAUGGAAAUAUUGGUUAGUAUCAUUUGAGUGUAGGGUAGGUUUGAGUAGGGGAGUGAUAAUGUAUUAGUUCUGAAAAUUGUAGAAGUAAGAAAAUCAAUUUUUUGUUUAUGCCUGCUAUAUUGCAAUUACCUAUGUUGCGUGACGUCGUGACCUCUCGGUGCGUGACGUCAUGACCUCUCACUUUCAUUUCCAUUUAUGUCCUUCCACAGUUCAUGAACAGUCUUGUGGGCUAAAUUUGGAGCCUAUAAACCCAUAAACACAGACAUACUGUUAUUGGUUGAUAUUUUCUUUUGACAGACAAUUUGAGGAGCAUUUCCAAAUUUUAUGGAUAUCUUAUACAUGUAUAGGGUUAUGGGCAUUUGAGUUUGUUUAUGCCUGUAGUAUAUUAUGAAAUCCUUAAAGUUUUGCCUCGUGAUCACCAAAAUCUGUAGUAAUAUAAAAUUGUAUGCUAAAUUUGAGAAAUGUGUAGUUCCUCACUUGUAGCUGUGGACACCAAAUUUCAUGCACAUACCUUUGAAACUAGUUGACUAGCUGCACUAGCCAGGGCUAUAUAUUCAGAAACAAAGACAGAAGGAGCUGUUUGUGUGUCUCCCAUUGGUUGCAUUUCUGCACAAAUAUUUUCAUGGGACAACUUUUGACUCUAUUUGCCAGUGGAGCUACAUGUAAUCUGAUUGCAAGCUGUGUCUCAUACUUGAAAGUACUUGUAAAAAAAGAUAUCUGUAAAAAAUUGCUGUUUACACUAGUAAACGAUAAAAAAAACCAAGAAUUUUUCCUAAAGUAACUGUAUGUUGUGUGUUAUUGUAAUUUAUUUAUAUUCAGUGGGAGAUACCUCCCCUGCUAAGUUAUAUUUUUUUUCCAUAUUGUAACUUAUUUUAAUUGGUUGUAUAUUUCAUCAACAAUUCUGGCCAGCCAACAAUAUACAACAUAAACUUCGUGUUGUUGGCAAUAAAAGUUGUUGAUUAUAAAAGUUGUUCAUAUUUAGCUCUCCAUCUAAUAUAUUUUAUAAAGAUGAUUUCAUAUCAAUGCCCAUCCUUCAAGUCUGAUUCUUGUUACUGCAUUUUCCUUUUAAAACUACUGAUGAAAUCUUCUUUAAACUUUAUUGACAUGUUUGGUACAAGUCUUUGUUGUUCAUGCAACAUUUUUAACCAGCUCACACAAAUGUGUCAGCAGCCAUGUUGGAUUAAAAUUUGACAUUAGAAGUUUGUUAUUGCUACUUCUCAAGCAAUAUUGAAAUAAUGUUCUUGAAUGUGAAGUAUGGUUCUCAGUUAUUCAUUCCACAUCUUUAAUCUGAUUGAAUAAUCAAAAUGGCCACCAGUGGUUGUUUUGGAUUUUGACAAAUUGACACUUUACUAUUCUGCUCAAGAGAUACAUGGAUAUUCUUACAUUUAAGGGCAAUUUCUUACAAAGUAAGUACAAUACUAUGUUAGAACAGAUUACGGAAAUGUCAAUACAAACAUGAUAAGAUGAUUGAUGAUAAGAUAAAUGAAAAAUUUAUCUUGCAUGGAACCAUUAAAAUUUCAUUGAUGGUGGGUGCUGAGUUCCAUGUGGAAUAUUGCAUGUUGGUCUGAAGACAGAUACCACAUUCAUUUGUAGGGAAGGUUGGGUCAUCCCAUUAAUUGUGUUGUCAGUAGGGUUGGGUCAUCCCAUUGGUAGUGUGUUGGAGGGGGUUGGGUUGUCCCAUUGACAGUGUUGUGGGAAGGAUUGGGUCAUCACAUUGACAGUGUUGUUGGGAGGGUUGGGUCAUCACAAUGACAGUGUUACGGGGAGGAUUGGGUUAUUCCAUUGAGGACGGUUGGGCUGUCCCAUUCACAGUUGUACUUAUUCUCAGCUUUCAUUAGAUUAUUUUUUGGUAGGUUUGGUCAACAAUUGGCCAGGAUGAAUAUCAAAGAUUUGAAAUAACAUUUGCCUUCUUUCAAUGUUUUCAAUCAAAUAUAUUAAAAUCCUUCAGUAAAUCAUUUACCACCAUAAGUCAGGGUGUCAUUAUAUUUGAUCAAAAACAGUUGGAAGAAGGGCUGUCCUAAACGUUGAAAAUGAGGAACUUGAAAACCAACCUCUGUACAAGAUGACGGUGAUCAAGGACAGUUUAUAGCUUUGAAGUAUAUACUGGUACCUGUUGCCAACACUGUUAAAUGUAAUAUUGUAUCAUUACUGUUGCUUAAUGGGCAUCUUUUUAUAUUUGCAAUAUCCAAUCAAUUCACAGAUCAUCAAUAUGUUUUCUAUUAUAUAUUGUCAUGUCUGGUAAUGAGGUUUACUGAGGAUACUCAGUGAUUAUGUAUGAGAGAUGAUGCUGGUGAAAGGGUGUCAAUAUACACCAUGGUGAAAAUGUAGAAAAAAUUCCCAUCCCCUUGAUGUUUUUUAUGGAUUUAAAGAUGAAUAAAAAACGACAUAAAAUUAA